AUGGCGCGUCACGAUCGCGCCAAUUCUACUUCAUCAUCUUCCUCUUCUGAGUCAUCUGCGGGAUCUUCGACAUCGGAAGGGAGUACCCUCCCAAGCACACCACUGCCUCGGAUGUCCGGGAAACGUGGAAGAGACGCGUCUGAUAAGAAUGGACUUAAGUCCAAAAAGACCAGCCCAGUUAGAACCGAAAAGAAGGCUGAAAAAACACAACGGAGAUCACGCACUAAAGUCCUUACGCCGCGGGAGCAGUGCAUCCACGUUGCACGUUGGAUCCCACGCGGACUUGAUAUGUUCUGCGAUCUCAAGCAGGCGAUCCAGGUAAGUCUACUUUUGGAGCAAGAAGAAGCUGCCGAGGCCGAGGACGGAGAUGAAACGGAAGAAGAACACAUCAAGGCUGCCCGCAGGAAGAUUCUGGACACCUGUGACAAUAUCACUCGUGCACGGUACAAGCGGACGUUCGAAUACGUCAUGGAACACGCCCCUUAUCUUGGGACUCUGAUCGGUAGGAGGAAAAAACGCGAGGAGCUCGCGCAACUCAUUGGCGAGAUGCAAAACAUGAUAAAUCAUACGCGCUCGGAGGAUGCAAGUCGCCUCAAGUCCCGCAUGGGCUCAUACGCCGCUCCAAACCCUGACAAAGAACUCAUCCGUCCUCCGAUCACUGACGACAGCAAGAGCCGUGCUCAAAUGGGUUUUAAUCACACCCAGCUGGGCAAAUUGCUUUGUCCAGUCAAGUAUCUGGUCGACUACAUCCAGGAUCCGCAUGGGAUGAAGAACAAGUUCGAUAGCGCGUCAUUAAAGGUGACCGCUGCCUUAUGGCCCGCCUUUCUCUAUCCAGGCAACACUGCGGGCGAAGAUUUUGACCCGGAAGACAUUAUUGAAGGGCUUUUUCGCGGAUAUCUUUUGGAGCGGGUUACUAAACAUAUCUUCACCUCUCCGUCAUCUGCACUCAAGGCUGGCAUCUCUAGCGGAACUCGCGCUUGCAAUGCGAAGCUCCAUGGGAUGAAAGAAGUGGGGGCCGAGCAUAUCGCAUAUGCCGCGGUUCAGGCUCGCUUUGCUAUUAGCUCGCUUGAGAAAUGGAAAGACCAUGACGGCCUUUUCUAUUAUACUGACUUUUAUACCAGGAUAGUAAAUCUUAUUCGGGGGAGGAAGGACGAGGGGUGGGUCAACUCCCUGCUAGGACAUUAUAAUGAAAAAUUGUUUGGCAAUGAAAACGGUGCCAAACCCUGUGAUUCUGCGAAUGCCGAGUGUUCCGAGGACGACGAUAUGAUCGCCAUGGAACGGCAACUUGCCGCGCGGGCUGCACGGGCUUCAAGAUCCUCAGAGACGGUAUCUGCACAGUCUUCGGCACUCGACAGGCAACAAGAGUCGCGUCACAAGUCCUUACCUCCCCCUGAUAGAUCGCCCACUCCAGAUCCUCCAAUAGCCCAAGCACUGGCUAAUCCUCGCGAGGACAAGCAACCCUCACCACUGCCUCCCUCGUCUCCUCAACAGUUGGUGCGUUCCCCUACCCCCGAUCCUCCUGUCGACUCGCGCAAGGCGCAAGAAGUCUUACCUGCACGCCCCCCUACUCCCAAUCCUCCUGAUAACUCACACAAGCGCAAGCAAGUCUCCGCAUCAGCCCUUUUCGAUGAUAACAGCCCUCUUACUGAAGAAGAUGAAGAGAUCACUCGACCUACUAAGCGCAAACGAAAGAAUGCUGCUGUUCCACCGAAGAAGACUCCAAAACGCAAGGCAAAGAAAUAG